AUGUCACAAAUAUCUAAACAACAAUCAAGCCAUGAAGAUAAACAACAAGAUGAACCUAAAAUACCAAGACAACCAUCUAAAAUGACUUCCAAAAAGAGCGCAAAAUAUCAUUUAUUCCGAAAUCGUCCAACUUAUCACAAUCCCAGACGACAACGAAUGCAAAUUCCAUCACGAGUUGAUUCAUCUUCACGUUUUCAACGAGUUCAAAAAUCACACAUUUCUCAAAAGCCAACUCUUAUACAAACAACACCUUCGCAAGGACAAUUUCCAACUCCAAAUAUUCGUGAUUUACCUCCUCAGGCUACUUUACCAUUGCCUGGAUAUGAUCCAAAUUUUAAUGUGACACCAGUUCGCUUCUCUCUUCCACCUCAACUACCAUCUGGUAUAACUGGUGCACCACCAUCUGGACAAUAUCUACCAUUUCAACAAGCACCAAAACCUGGUUCAUUGCCAAGUGUUUCAACUUCUACCACUACUACUACUUUUACACCAACAUUACCAGCUGCAUCUGCAUUUCAGCAAAAUUUAAUUACACAACCACAAUUAUCAGAAUCAGAUUAUGCAGUAAAUACGCAAAAUGGAAUUCCUUCACAUUCCAGUUAUCAAACAACAAUUAUUAGUGAACAAAUUGAUGAAGUGCGCGAAUUUACUCCACAAUUUGCAUUUCCAGUUGCGCGUUUAUUUGGUGGCUUAUUUGUUCACAACAAUGAAGAGUCUCAUUAUGUCACAACUACUUCAAUGCCUAUUGUAAUGUGA